ACGCAUCGCAUCAAUUAAAAAUAUUAUUCAAGCCUAAGCUUUUUCACAAGCCUCUAUUUAUCAAUUUGUCGCAAACAACAUUCAAAAUUUGACCAAGCUACUUUCUCAUGUACUUUUCUUCCACUACAUAGUAAGUCUUUAAGGAGACAAUACCAGUAGCGAUGGACUUCCUUAUUACAGAUAUCCAGGAGAAGGAAGUAAAAGAGCCGACAGCUCCAAACUUCCCCCAAGUCAAGUCAACCACCACCGGAUUCCCCGAACAUAAAAAGCGAACUCGGAUUUCGGCCUUCAAGCAGAAACGACAGGCUACAACAAAGUCAGAAGAAGACAAACCAAAAGUAUUCACUACAGGGUCAAAAGAACCUCUAUCGCCACCAAGUCAAGAUGCGCAACAGACGACGCGACCAAAUGGAGAUUUCAGAGCGAACGAGAAGCAAGGCAUAGAUCGCGAAAAUACCGACAGACUGGCAUCAAUGUCACCAGAAGAAAUAGAGGCGGCCAGGCAAGAGCUUUUUAGCGGACUUGAUCCUUCCGUGCUCGAGAUGUUGCUUAAGCGCGCCAACUUGGACGAAUCUAACGGACCCUCUCCUUUCGAUAUUCCCGAUCCCGCCUCAAAAGACAGCUUCUCUUCGAAUCCAAAUCCAAAACCAAUACAAUAUCCUCCCGAGAUAGUGGUGCAGGACACGGCCGUCGAACCGAGUAGCAAUACAUCGAAUAUAAAGCUCGCAGAGAAAAGCGAAGCAGAAUCAAGUACUUCGGACAACUCUAAACGCGUUCGAUGGGCUACGGUAGAGGAUGAAAAAGACGAAGCAAAAACAAUUCCAGACGCAAAGUCAACACCUCCUCCUCCUCCUCUAUCACAACCCCCCUCCGAAAACGCCACCGCUCCCGACUCCGAACAGACAACAACAACAUCAUCACCACCACCACCAACCAAACCCCACUGGCCGCAACCCCGCCAACCAGGCGACCUCGACCCCCACGACCCGGACUUCCUGCAGAAGCUGCACGACAAGUACUUCCCGAGCCUACCCGCCGACCCCUCGAAGCUCGCGUGGAUGGCCCCGGUCCCCACGCCCAACUCCCCCGCCGACUUCGACAGCCCGUACCACCCGCGGCAGGACUCGCUCCCGGUGUCCGCGCUGCGCUUCGACUUCCGCGGCGCCCUGCUGCCGCCGCGCGUCGCGCGCGCCAUCCCCGUCACCAAGGGCCUGCACCACCACGGCGAGGCCCCCGAGGCCGCCGGGUACACGGUGCGGGAGCUCGCGCGCCUGUGCCGCAGCGCGGUCCCGGGCCAGCGCUGCGUCGCGUACCAGACGCUCGGGCGCAUCCUGUACCGGCUAGGGCGCGGGGAGUUCGGGGGCCCCGGGGACGCGGUGGCGCGCGGGGUGUGGGCGGACGUGGAGGAGGGGGCCGUCCUGAGGAGCCUGUACGAGGAGGCCGGGACCGAGGAAGGGGCCGGGCAUCGGAGCGCGAGGGUCUUUGCUAUCGAGGCGAUUUGGCUGUUUGAGAAGGGCGGGUGGAAGGAGAGGGUUAGGAAGGGGAAGUAGAUAAAUGGAGGGAAGAGGUGGGGAAAAAUACGGAAAUGAAAUGAAUAGAUGCGAUACGACGGGAUUGUCGAUCAAGUCAGUCUGUCAGUUAUGUGGCACGAUUCAUAGGUACAUAACUGGCACGUAAUGACAUAAGAUACAGUAAUAUACUGCUGACUCUAUUUACGUGAAAUAAAAAAAAGGAUGGUAUAUAUAUAAUAUAAAGGGGUACCUAGUAUAUAUCACGACAUCCCGCAGAACGGCUUAGAAGCAAGCCAGCCAGCGAGCAAGCGAGCAAAAAGCGCGAGGGACCAGACGCCAAGGGUAAAAGAAGGAAAAAAGAAUCCAUGAUUUUUAGACUAUUACAACAUAAAAACCGUCGAGAGAAAAAUAA